UCAAAGCACCAAAGUAUCUGGAUUCUGGAAUGGGAAUACUAGCAUUAUCUAUCUUCGGAAUAGUCUUUGAACUUUGAAAUGAAGAUUUUGAAGGAAGAGGCUAUGUUUAUCAAUGAAUAGUCAUGAUCUCAUUAUCUAAACAAUAAAUCUGUUCUGUAAGAAAUAGUUAAAUACAUUAUCUUGAAGAAUUGUUUAAGUUUUUCGCUGACUUCAAUGGUUUCAAAUAUGGUAACACUAGGCACAAUGGAUAGUUCAAAGUGUUUGUCUCCUGAAACCCACGAGUUCCGUGUCCCUCAACGCGGCGUUACCACAAUGGAGGCCAUGGAGACGUGGCUGAAGUCCGAAGCUUACCUGGAGUAUGUUGGGUUCGUGACGGCAAUGAACCAGGAGGUGAAGGGAAAGGCACUGACAAUAGAUUGCCACCAGUCAGAGGUAACCAAAGGUCUUUUGGUUCUUCUUGAGAAGCUGGACACUUGGAUCACCGAAACACCGCCUAUCCAGCAACCACAGCGCUUCGGCAAUAAGGCGUUCAAGACAUGGUACACGAAGGUCAAAGAGAAUGCGCUGGAUUUGUUACAAGAAGCCUUGCCUCCACUGUUCUACCGGGCUAUCCCUGAGAUCAAGGAGUACCUGGUGGAAAGCUUCGGUAACUCCACCAGGAUAGAUUACGGCACCGGCCACGAGAUGAGCUUCUGUAUGUUUCUCUGCUGUCUCUUCAAGAUCGGAGCAUUUGUGGCUGCGGACAAUUUGGCCGUCGUCUGUAAGGUCUUUAACAGAUACAUGGUUCUGGUACGUCGCCUGCAGACCGUCUACAAGAUGGAACCAGCUGGUAGUCGGGGUGUCUGGGCCCUAGAUGAUUUCCAGUUUAUCCCUUUCAUCUGGGGGAGUUCUCAGCUUAUUGAUCAUCCAAGAAUAGAACCACGUUCAUUUCUACAGGAAGAUAUUGUCAAAAAUUUUGCCAAGGACUACAUGUUUUUAGGCUGUAUAAAAUACAUAAAUGAGGUGAAGACAGGGCCAUUUGCAGAACACUCGAACCAGCUGUGGAACAUCAGUGGGGUAGGCUACUGGGCCAAGGUCAACGAUGGCCUCAUUAAAAUGUAUAAGGCCGAGGUGCUGGCAAAAUUCCCAGUGAUUCAACAUGUUCUGUUUGGGAGCUUGCUUCCACUGACAGUUGCCUCGAUGCCAGUGUCGGACCUAGCGGGCAGGCGGGCCAAGCUCAGCAGAGAGAGUCUCCCAAAGCCACCUGACGGGUUCUCCAAGCCAAGCAUCGUGAGCAACAAAGAACCAAACAGUUCAUCCAAAGAAGAUAGCCAGUGAUUGGACUGAGAACAUCAACCACAUUUUAUUCAUCAGUUAUUGUAAAAAUGUGUCAAUGUGUAUUUUGUUUCAUUGUUAAUUGAAAUUUGUACCAUAUUUAUUUAUGGAAGAAUGUAAAUAUAGGAUUAUAUUCUAAUUUUUA